AUGAUUUAUGCAAUUGAUUUACCGAUUUGUCCAAGACGUUUUGCUAAAUCUGAAUUAAAUGGUCUUGGUUUAAUGGAUGUUGGUACAGGUUUAUUUAUAGUUGCAUCCGGUAUAUCUGGUUCGAAAAUAGUUUGGUAUAUGAAUGUUUAUCGAAAUAGUAGUAAACGAUUUUUCAAUUGUAUAUUGAAUUCUGUAGUUCCAUGUUUAAUUUUGGGACUGUUAAGAACAUUUUUCAUUCAACUGUCAAAUUAUCAUCAAAGUAUUGAAGAAUAUGGUAUACAUUGGAAUUUCUUUUAUACAGUAGCUUUGAUACGUGCUAUGUCAUUCAUAGUGACCACUAAAAAUCCUAUCAGUAGUUAUUUAAUAAAAUGUUCACUAAAAAGACAAAUUUUAUUCUAUUACAUUGUAUCCGGUAUAUGUUUAAUACUAUCUGAAUUUUUCCCAAUAAUAAUUUGUCCAGAAUAUUUUCAAAAAAGAUGGCAAUUUAAUCCAAAAACACUACGUUAUAUAAAUGAUAAUCGUUCGAAAUCUUUAUGGUUUGCUAAUUUUGAAGGUGUUAUCUCUAUAUUUGGUUAUGCAUCAAUUUACUUUUUCAAGUUAAGUUCAUCACUUCUAGCCCUAUCCUACCUGUCAACAGAUACCAAUAAUGAUCAUAAAAAUGAGAAAAUUUCAUUGAAAACGAAAUCUCCGCCUAAUAUUUCGUUAUUCAAAAUACAUUUAUUCAGUGGUAUCAUAAUCCUAUGCUCAUCAGGUUGUUUCUACUCACUGAGUGGCAGUGAGAUGAUAUCCAGACGUUUUGGAAACUCUAACUAUGUAUUAUUAAUCCUAUUUAUCUCAACUGUCGGCUUUGUUUUUAUCACUUCAAUAAUUUCGUUAUUAAUACACUUUAAAUCACUUUUCAGCCUGAAUUUAAGCUAUUCCCCAUUAUCUUUGACAAUUGAUCAUAAUGGUUUGUUAUAUUUUAUUAUUUCGAAUCUACUAACUGGUUUCCUCAAUGUAUUUUGUUUGAAUACACUGCAGUUUUUGCCUGAAAAGACAUAUUUAGAUGUUAUCACGGGUACGUAUGUUGAUUUGAGCUGGUCUUCAUCUUUAAUACAAUUUUUAAUACUCUUAACUUACUCCAGUUUAUCAGUUAUUGUUGUUCUAAUCGGUGCUCAUUGUGAUUGGCUUAGACUUUCUAUUGCCGAUGUGUUUGGUAUUUAUUUGAAAUAA